AUGGAGACUUUUAAUUCUGACUCUGCAUCGUUGAGCCCCGUCAUGGAUUAUAUGGACUGUACGGACUGGACAGAUGUCGCGAUGAAAUUCAGCAUGGUGAUGGCGGUGAUGGCGGUGAUGGCAGAAACUGUAUUCUGCUGUCCAUUCUACCGCUGCCAGCAAUACAGACUGCUCCAAUGUUGCCCACCAUUAUCUUCUGCUUUCUAUUCUGUACUCUGUCGGCCAGUUCUCAAUUCUCAAUACAAAUAUAUCCCAUAUGCCCAAAGCCUACGCUUGCCCAUUCUCAGUGGCAUCCUGAUUCAGGAACCGGGUGGCAUCGGAUCCUUCGGGCUACCAAGCCACGCCGCAAAAUACAGCUUUGUGAGUGGUGCUUAA